AUGGGCGUGGGUCCUGCCCAGGCCCUCGUCACUGUGCGAGAGGCCUCCAAGAAGGCGGGCGGUUCUUCCAAGAACGGACGCAAGACGGCUGGUCGUCGUCUGGGCCUCAAGCGCUAUGAAGGUCACCAAGUACCCGUGGGCAACAUUCUUGUCCGUCAACGAGGCACCCAGUUCCAUCCCGGUCUCAACGUGGGCAUUGGCCGCGACCACACGCUCUUUGCCCUGGCGCCCGGCUAUGUCAAGUACACGUCCAAGAAGAUGGCUGGCAGUGGCAAAUGGUGA